GUACAUGUAUGGCGGCAACGCCCGUCGCCGUACAACUCCCGCGUGAUCCGGUUCGACGACACUGCCCGGCGGGGAGUUUGACUGGGGCGGUACAUCUGUCAAAGAAUACCUGCGUUAUUCUGUCCUAAGGCCAGCUCAGCGAGGACAGAAACCUCGCGUGGAGCAAAAGGGCAAAAGCUUUUGUGUUAUGAGAGCAGAACGUUCAAACUAAUCGGUAGAUAAGUAGCUAAUCGUGCAGUUUAUAUACACAAUGUUGUUAGCUUUAUUAUUGUUUUCUUCAGUAUUCGAAGCGCUCUGUGACAGUACUGAUGGUGGGAAAGCGCCACGGAUACUUCUUAAUGAUGGCAACACCAUGCCCGUUUUGGGGCUAGGCACGUUUUUAGGUUUUGAUGAGAAUGGGCAAAAGGAAGUAAAAGAGAACGAAGUUGAACUUCCCGUGCUGUGGGCUGUUAACUCUGGUUACAGGUUAAUAGACACGGCUGCAACGUAUCAAAAUGAGGAACAAAUCGGUCGAGGUCUUCAGAAGUCAUCGGUGCCGAGAGAAAACGUUUUUAUAGUCACCAAGCUUGGUGUGAAUGAACAAAGACAUGUUAUAGAUUCUCUACGGGCGUCACUGGCUCGUCUCAACACGUCAUAUGUGGACCUCUACCUUAUUCAUUUCCCCGUGGCGUUUAAGCCUGACCUUAGCGGCUUCGAUGUUGUGGACUACUUAGAUACGUGGAAGAGCAUGGAGGAAGCGAAAAGGCUCGGACUGGCGAAGUCUAUCGGAAUCUCCAACUUCAACAUCAGCCAGAUCGACAGGCUCCUUGCCAACUGUGAGAUUAAACCAGCCGUUUUGCAAGUAGAAGUUAAUUUAAAUCUGGCGCAAAAGAAACUGUUGGAGCGCGCGAAGAAGGAUAACAUAACUGUAAUGGCAUAUUCGCCAUUUGGGUCGCUUUUUAGCAAAAGCGAAAUCCCACCGCCUCCAAGGAAGGACAACCCUGUUCUUGUCCAAAUAGCCAACAAAUACGGAAAGACCACGCCGCAAAUAGUUUUGAGAUAUCUGAUCCAGUACGGCGUUAUUCCAAUUCCUAAAUCAGUUCGCAAGGAGCGUGUGGAGGAGAACAUCAACGUAUUUGACUUUGAAUUGACGCCUGAAGAGAUGAAGAAACUAGCUGAGUUCAAUAAGGACUACAAAAUCGUUUUGCCAAGCUUCUGGCAGGACCACCCCUACUACCCUUUCGAGAAAAAAGAUGUGCCCGAUCCAGAUCUUUUUAAAUGGGGCCAAAAGACUGAAUGAAUAAAGUUUAAACAUAAUUAAUAUGUAAUGAAGUGAUUGAGUAUAUCUCUAUUUUUGUAUUGUGUCCUUUUUCAGAUGUUACAGAAGUGCUUUUUCAGAUUUUUCGUUCUGUUUCUUGUAAAACACAUGUGAAAACCUUUGCUUUUUCCUAAUAAAUAUCGCUUUUUUUAUU